AUGCCGAAGUUUAUACAAAAGAAGUCAUCAAAGAAGAUAAAAGAGAAAGAAAAACACGACGCGAAAAAGCCUGAGAAGUUUGAGCAGACGCCAUAUGAGUUUGGAAAGCUAUUGAAAAUGGUGAAGAAGAUUGGGUAUGAAAAUUCGACAGGUCUUUCACAUGAAUUACUCGAAAAGGAUUAUCGAGGGAUUUUAGGGUUACCUCCAAAAAAAAUACAUAUGAACUACAGAGAAUACCAAGAAAAAUUAUUAAAAAUCAAAAAUGAGAAACAAAUGAACAAUUUACGUGGAAGAGAAGAGGAAGCUGUUGUUCCACUAUCGCAACGCAAAUGGGAGAACUCCAAUAAAGUAUCAAAGACUGAAGCCUUCAGGAUUAGAGAGGCUUUGACUUUCCACGAACAAUCGGCAAAGACUAAAAAUGGUCAACUCUUCUUCAACGCUUCGAUACACGACAUAACACAUAAAAAUAACCCUGGCCUUGAACUAAGAAAGAUCAAAACAGGGAAGGAAAGGGAUAUGAUCAACAAGGCCAAGAUGAAGAGAUCGAAGAAAUUAUACAACACUAAGUGA